AUGUUCCCAGUACUACUUAACUUGAGAGUACCGACCAAUGGACCUCAAAUUCAGAAGCAUUUCUUGCGUGCAGUAGGUUCAACGUUUAAACCUAAAACCACGCCAAUUGAUGAGUCUUCCAAAGUAUUAAAACAUUUACAUUUUACAAAGACGAUGGACUUUGAAAAAGGUUUAGAUAUUCAAGAGAAAUUUGUUGCAGCACAAUUGGAUAUGAAGAAAUUAAAAGCUAAAAUAAAGAGAAAGAUUUUUGAAGUUGAACAAAAUCACAAUGGAGCACCUCUUAAUGUCUUUGAGAGAUCAAUGCUGGAUAAUAUACUGACAAUGAAACCAAAUCCAACAAUUUUAACCUUUGAGUUUUGGCCAGUGUACUCAGGAGGUAAGCGUAUUAAAAAGACUAUUACUGAUAAGCAAAUAAAGAAAUAUGAAGAAUUUGUCCCUACUAGCGAAAUUGAUAAUCCAGCUCCAAAAUUUGUACAAACUGAGAGAGGUGGACAGAUCACUUUCCAUGGACCAGGCCAAAUUGUCGCAUAUAUAAUAUUAGAUUUGAAGACAUUCAACAAAUUUAGUGUUAAGGAUCAUGUCUCUGCUAUACAAGGAGCAGUAUCCAAUUCAAUGCUAAAAAUCAAUAAAGAGGAUGGGAAUCCACUAGCUUUGGAAACAAAAACAAACUGCGAUACUGGCGUUUGGACAACUAAAGAUGAGAAACUAGCCAGCAUUGGUAUUCAUGUAAGAAGAUCUAUUACUUCACAUGGUGUUUGCAUAAAUGUAGAUCCUGACUUAUCAUAUUUGAAUAACUUUGAAAUGUGUGGAUUGCCUAAUAAAAAAGCUACAUCUAUAUAUCAGGAACGCCCAGGAACUGAUCUUUCUGUCCAAGAUGUCGCUAAAAGUUUUGUAAAUGAAUAUGCAAAAAUCUUAGAUAUAGACACUGUUGAACGGAUUGACUUGGAUAAUAUAGAAAUAGAUUGA